GUGGCCGCCAUGACGACGCCCUCAGCGCCUUCGCGGAGCGGGAAAAGGCGGCGCUCGUCCAGCCCAGGCACGCUGCUUCUAGAAAAUGCUCGACGGCUACCACAAUUCUCAUCGUUCUCGUCAGGGCAGGGUCCGUCCGUGACGGUUCCCGAAGGCCCGGUGGACAAGCUGCUGCUGGCCAGCUGGGGGCUGCCCCACGUGGUUCUGGAGAAAUACCGACGCCUUGGCGUGGUGCGGAUGUUUGAGUGGCAAGCGGAGUGCCUCCUUCUCGGGCAGGUCCUGGGAGGAAGAAACCUCGUCUAUUCAGCUCCUACGAGUGCCGGGAAGACUCUCGUGGCCGAGCUGCUUAUUCUGAAGAAGGUUUUGGAAACCCGUAAAAAAGCCCUCUUCAUUUUGCCCUUCAUCUCGGUGGCCAAAGAGAAAAAGUAUUACCUGGAGAACCUGUUCGAGGAGGUCGGACUCCAGGUGGGCGGCUACAUGGGCAGCAGCUCGCCAGCCGGCCGCUUCUCUUCCCUGGAUGUUGCCGUCUGUACCAUCGAGCGAGCCAACGGGCUCAUCAAUCGCCUCAUUGAGGAAGAGAAGAUGGAUCUGUUAGGGAUGGUGGUGGUGGACGAGCUGCAUAUGCUGGGAGACGCCCAUCGGGGCUAUCUAUUGGAGCUUCUGCUGACCAAGGUCCGCUUCGUAACGUGGAGAACUGCCGCCAGCCAGUCCAGCUCACCAGAUGAUUUCCAUGAAGGUGUUCAGAUAGUGGGCAUGAGUGCCACUCUCCCUAACCUGGGUCUCUUGGCAUCCUGGUUGGACGCCGAGCUGUACCAAACGGACUUCCGCCCGGUGCCACUUCUGGAGCGGGUGAAGAUCGGCGGCGCGGUCUACGAUGCCUCCCUGAACCUGGUUCGGGAGAUCCAGCCGGUGCUCCGGGUCAAGGGCGAUGAGGACCACGUUGUCAGUUUGUGCUAUGAAGUCAUCCACCAAGGCCAUUCUGUCUUAAUCUUUUGCCCGUCCAAGAGCUGGUGUGAGAAGCUGGCCGACAUCAUAGCCCGCGAGUUCUACAACCUGCAACGGCGCCAGGCCGAGGAUCCAUCCCAUCCUGCCCCAGUCUUCCUGGACCAAGCGGGGCUCCGGGAGGUGACGGACCAAUUAAAGCGCUCGCCUUCGGGGCUGGACCCGGUGCUCCAGCGGACUGUUCUGUGGGGUGUGGCGUUCCACCACGCAGGCCUCACUUUCGACGAGCGGGACAUUAUCGAGGGGGCUUUUCGGCAGGGGCUCGUUCGGGCGCUGGUGGCCACCUCCACCCUUUCCUCGGGCGUGAACUUGCCCGCCCGUCGCGUGAUCAUCCGCACCCCCAUGUUCGGCGGCCGGCCGCUUGACAUCCUCACGUACAAGCAGAUGGCUGGCAGGGCUGGCAGGAAGGGCGUGGACACAGUUGGUGAGAGCAUCUUAGUGUGCAAGAACUCCGAGAAGUCAAAAGGCAUCGCUCUGCUCCAGGGGUCCCUAAAGCCCAUCCGCAGCUGCCUGCGGACCGGAGCUGGGGAAGAGAUGACGACCAGCAUGAUCCGAGCCAUCUUGGAGAUAAUAGUCGGCGGGGUGGCCAGCACGGCCCAGGAGGUGCAGACCUAUGCCUCCUGCACCCUUUUGGCGGCCAGCCUGCGUGAGGGCCAGCGGGCAGCCCCAGGGGAUCAGGACACCGUCGAGCAGGGAGCGAUCGAGGCCUGUGUGGCGUGGCUGCUGGAGAACGAAUUCAUCCAGGUCUGCGAAGCCGGCGAAGAUAAAGGGAAAGUGUAUCAGCCAACCCAUCUGGGCUUAGCUACCCUCUCUUCCUCGCUGUCACCGACGGAGGCUCUGGGGGUUUUUGCUGACCUGCAGAGGGCUAUGAAGGGGUUCGUCCUGGAGAACGACCUACAUAUCCUCUACCUGGUCACGCCUGUGUACGAGGACUGGAUUACGAUCGACUGGUACCAAUUCUUCUGCCUGUGGGAGAAGCUACCCACCUCGAUGAAGCGGGUGGCUGAGCUAGUGGGGAUUGAAGAAGGGUUCCUGGCCCGCUCGGUGAAAGGAAAAAUUGUGGCGAAGACGGAGAAACAGCACCGACAAAUGGCCAUCCACAAAAGGUUUUUCACCAGUCUGGCCCUGCUAGAUUUAAUCAACGAAGUUCCCCUCAAGGAAAUGACUGAGAAAUUCGGCUGCACCCGGGGGCAGAUUCAGUCUCUCCAGCAGUCAGCGGCUACGUAUGCAGGGAUGGUGACGGUGUUCUCUAACCGCCUGGGCUGGCACAACAUGGAGCAGCUGCUCUGCCAGUUUCAGAACCGCCUGUCGUUCGGCGUCCAGCGGGAGCUGUGCGACCUGGUCCGCGUGUCCCUGCUCAACGCCCAGCGGGCCAGAGCCCUCUACACGGCUGGCUUGGUCACCGUGGCCGACCUGGCCCGGGCCGGGGCGGACCAGGUGGAGGCGGCGCUGAGGAACGCCGGACCGUUCCAGAGCACCCGCCGGGCGGUGGACGAAGAAGAGGAGGCGGCCGAGGAGCGUCGGCAUAAGCGCACCAUUUGGGUGUCCGGGAGGAAAGGGCUGACGGAGAGAGAGGCGGCAGUGCUCGUCGUGGAGGAGGCCACGGCCAUUCUGCAGCAGGACCUGGCCGGAAUGGGCGUCCGCUGGACUCCGGAUUCUCUCCUGAAGCCGGAACCUGGAGCAGGGGCCUGCAGCGACUCGGAGGCGGAGGACCAGGAGUUGAGGCAGAGUGCCAAGCGGUCAUUUCAAAGGUCCGGGGCCCCUAAGGGGAAGGAUAAGGGAGACCAGCCGAGUGCUUGUCCGGUCAAGAGUCCGCCGAGGGCCAUGCCAGAGUCUGGUAAAGAGAACCAGGAGCGUCCUGCUCCUCGGACUUCCGGCUGCGGAAUCCCAACGGAGAGUGUCCCACGACAUCAGUCCACACCAGGAGACCAAAGCGCUGCAGCCUGGCUGCCCAGGGCAAAAAAGCGGACGACUUUGGACUCGGGCCCAGGGAAGGGCAACACUCGGGUGCCCAAAGGCCGGCCCGGCUCCCGGAGGAGGGAUCGAGUGCGCUCUCUAGAAAAUGGGACGACACCGGCUCUUAGCCCCACUUCAGAAAGCCUGCCAGAUACCCCGAAAUUUGGAGCUCAGAGUGCGGCAGCAAACCAUCCCGAAGACAAAACUGGGAGGUGCAAGCGACGUCGCUUGCUUCCGGGAGACUCCGGGACAUGGGAACCCGGCGGCGAUGGUCGGAGAGAACCCCUCUCCUCUGGCGGAAAGACAGUGGACGUUUUAGGAUCCGGGUUCCCUGCUCCCAACCCAUCCCAGCGAGAUGUGAACAAAUCAUCGCACCCUCCACCCGCUGAGGGGACCAGUUUGGAGGGUCCCGUUGAAAGGCCAGGUACCGAGAAGAAGCCUUGGGGCACCCCGGAAUCUCAAGCCAGGCGAGCCUGGAACCGACGGGCGCAGCGAGGGCCUGGAGGUGGCGUUAACGGGGGCGUGGUGCCCCCGGCAGGAGCGUUGCUCCACCAGCUGGUGAGCCCUAUUUUGGGGAGAAAGACCAGGACCCCGGAGUGCAGCGGAACCCCAUCCGGGAGAGGCUGUCCUGGCAAGAGUGCCACCACGCAAGCAGAGCCCAGAGCGUCGCACAAGAAUGAUGCAGUCGUUGUCUCGGAAAGCGGGCACGAUCGCCACUGGAAGCGUGGGAGGCCAAGCAUCCCUGGUCCCACCGUUACCUCCCUGGAUUUUCUGGAUGUGGAGGGAAAUGGAGGUAGGACGGCCAAGCCCCGGGGAGAACCGGUCCAGGAUGGGGGUGGACUUACAGGCGCCUCUCAGAGGGCUGGUAGAGCAGGCGUCUGUGUCGCGACCCAGUUGAAACCCCAAUGGCCUGCAGACCCGGAUGUCGGGCCUGGGGAUUUUGAAGAUAGUUUCCAGCUGGACACCCAGACUGAGAAAAUCAUUCAGCAGCAGCCGACGGCCGAAAGCCCCGGCCAACGGGAGACCGAGGGCCCGGCCCGGAGGGGAAGCGGGAACGUCAGCCGGACCGGUGCUUUCCAAAACGAGGACGUUGCCUCAGGGCACCUGAAUCACGCAUCUGCGAAUGCCGGGAAGAAAACCGCCAACGCCCCCGGCAGCAGCAGCGUCCUGAGCCCGGCAGGUCUCUGGUCCAGGCCCCCAGAGCAGCCCAGGGACGCUGCACCCGGCGGCAGAGAAGGAAACGAGGUGUCGGUCACCGACUCCCAACUCACUCGCUUUCUUCAGGGUUUUCAAACUCCAGAGUCCAAAGCGGAGAGCCUCUCCCCAACCCCCGCAACGAGACCCCUCCAGCUGACCCCGUCCAGCGUACCCGAGGCCCGGUCCGUCUCUGAAAGCAGCCUGAAUCUCAGCAGCAGUUUAUUGUUUGACAGUUUCGACAGUGACCUUCCCGGAAACCAAGCAGAGCACACUUGUGACCCGCAGGCGACCGAACCCCUCCCCCUGGGGAUCCCACCAGACCAGGGCACUGACCACCCGUGCCCUGUGCGCCGGGAGCCGUCGAGGAGGGCGACCGUUGGCCAUUCGCCUACGAUCGAGCCCCAGCUGGCCCUCUUCAACGACAAGACCAUUGGGUUCUCAGAACUGGACUCCCUCCAGAUGGCUGAAGUCCUGAUUCCCGGGGACCCGGCUCCCAGCCCACAGGCGCGGGACCCCACCUCACCUUCUGAGGGAGCGGAGCCCAGGGAGCCAUCGGACGUUGAGAAGGACAAUGGCCGCCACUCUGUUGUGGGCAGACGUGGGCCAGGUGGAGCAUCUCUAGGAGCUGAAGUCCCUAAGGAAGAGGGUGAAAGCCCCGGGCUGUGGUCGCAGACAUUUGAUUUGAGCCCGGGACUACAGGGCCUUUUAGAUAAUUGUCCCUGCGCCCCAGAAGGCGUCCAGCCAAACGGGACAGGUUCAGGUGUGCACGGAGGGGAAGAGGAGCCGGCACACUUCAGGAGCCGGAAGGAGACUGGUUCAGCCGUGGUACCCGAUCAUCCGCAUAGAGGGUCAGCGUCCCCUGAAGUCGGUUCACGAUCCAAGCGGGAAAGGUCGGACCGUCGGGCAGGGACUCCGGCGUUGCUCAGUCAGACUGGAUCUCCUCCGAAAGACGAGGGAGGCCUUGGGGCACCCGAUCCCCAUCUCGACGGGGGCCUCGGACUGAUCCCGCCAACACCCACUGCUGCUAUGCCUGUCCUUCCAAGCUCCCUGGGCAUGUCCUGUGGGAAGCCCAACAAAACCCAGGAGAUUCUGGGCCAAGAUGGAGACCGGCAUUUCCUACCGCAAAGCGCAGCCACUUCCGGCUCGGCCCCAGAGCUCCAAGACCAGCACGUCAAUCCGAGGGCUAGCGAAGUCUCUGCUGAGGACCUCGGCCUUCCGCCUCAUCCAUCCCGGGAUGCUUGGCUCUCCUCCUCGGUCCCGGGCAGCGCCGAGAGCCUGACCAUCAUUGAUGUGGCCAGCGACAGGACUCUCUUUCAAACAUUUAUCCAAGAGUGGCAGGGCCAGAGGAGAUUUGCCAUCUCGGUGGCUUGUGAAAAGAUCGGUCGGCCCAAGCCUCCCAGAUCCACGAUCGGGGGCCAGCUAAAGGAAGAAAGGUCCUCGUGGCCCAUCCCGAUCACCGACGACGGGUUUCCAGUCAAGGGGUCCGAGGGCGUCUCGGUGGUCGGCCUGGCUGUCUGCUGGGGCGGAAAAGAUGCCUACUAUUUGUCACUGCAGCGGGAACAGAGUCAUUCUGACAUCAGUGCCAGCUUGGCACCACCUUCUCUGGACCCACGCCUAACAGUGGAAGAGAGGCUGCAUCACCUCCGAUCCUGCUUGCAGCAAGAGCCCGAGGGACAGCGCUCACUGGUCGUGUACAAUUUCAUCCCGCACUACAAAACCCUGCUUGGGGCCUGUGGCAUCUCCCUGGCCGGCAGCUUCGAGGACCCAAAGGUGGCCUGCUGGCUCCUGGACCCGGGCUCCGUGGAACGGACCCUGCACGGCAUCGUCACCAGCUUCCUCCCCCACGAGCUGCCCCUGCUGGAUGGCAUAGAGUCCGGCCCGGGGGUCCAGAGCCUCGGGCUGAGGGCCAGCGCCCACCACUCAGGACGCUACCGGGCAGCCGUCGAGGCUGUUCUUGUCUUCGCGGCGAUGGAGCAACUCAACUGCCUGCUGCACAAAGAAAACCUACAAGGAGUUUUCAGCCAAGUGGAGAUGCCCACACACUACUGCCUGGCCCUGCUGGAGCUCAACGGGAUUGGCUUCAGCACAGCAGAAUGUGAGUCCCAGAAGCAGGUCAUGCAAGCCAAGCUGGACUCCAUCGAGGCCCGGGCCUACCAACUGGCCGGCCACACCUUCUCCCUCACCUGCCCCGAUGACGUCGCUCAGGUCUUGUUCUUAGAACUGAAGCUGCCCCCAAAUGGAGACGCCAGGCUUCCAGGCAACAAGAAGACCCUGGGCUCCACCAGGCGACCGGCGGCCGGUGGCCGCGCAGGAAAGCUGGGCCAGCAAUUUAGCACCACCAAGGAUGUGUUGGAGAGGCUGCAGGCCCUUCACCCGCUCCCGGGCCUGAUCCUGGAGUGGCGGAGGAUCACCAACGCGCUGACCAAAGUGGUGUUCCCCCUGCAGCGGGAGAAGUGCCUCAGCCCCGGCCUGGGCAUGGAGAGGAUCUACCCCACGGCGCAGACGCACACCGCCACCGGCCGGAUCUCCUUCACGGAGCCCAACCUUCAGAACGUGCCCAGAGACUUUGAGAUCGAGAUGCCCACCCUGGUUGGAGAGAGCCCGCCCUCCCAGGCCCCCGGCAGGGGUGUGCCUCACCGGGCCAGAGGCCGGAGAAACUGCCCCCUGGGUGGCGGCCCGCGGGUGGCGGCUGAGGAGGAGAGCACCCCCAGCCGGGGGAUGCCGUUUUCUGUCAGCAUGAGGCACGCUUUUGUUCCUUUCCCAGGAGGACUGGUCCUGGCGGCCGACUACUCCCAGCUCGAGCUACGUGUCCUGGCCCACCUGGCCCGGGACCGCCGCCUGGCCCAGGCCCUCAACGGCGAUGCAGACGUGUUCAAGAGCGUCGCAGCUGAGUGGAAGGCCAUGGACGCGGCCUCUGUUGGGGAGGGCCUGCGGCAGCAGGCCAAACAGAUCUGCUAUGGGAUCAUAUACGGGAUGGGGGCCAAGGCCCUGGGAGAACAGAUGGGCCUAGCCGAGAGGGACGCCGCCAGCUACAUGGAGACCUUCAAAGGCCGGUACCCAGGGGUCCAGCGUUUCUUGCAGGACACCGUGAGGCGCUGCGGCAGGGAUGGAUUCGUCCAGACUCUCCUGGGGCGGCGCAGAUACUUGCCCGGAAUCAGAGAUGUCAACCCCUACAGCAGAGCCCACGCUGAGCGCCAGGCCGUCAACACCACCGUCCAGGGCUCAGCCGCCGAUAUCGUCAAAACCGCCACCGUCAACAUUCAGAGGCGGCUCGAGGCCCUGCCCUCUGCGGCCAGGUCACACGGACACCGGGACAGCGGCUUCCAAAGAGGCAGGACAGGACGAUCUGAGAAGAGGAGAGCCCCGGGAGGGCUCUGCCCCAUCAGAGGCGGCUUCUUCAUCCUCCAGCUGCAUGAUGAGCUCCUCUACGAGGUGGCCGAGGAGGACGCCGUUCAGGUGGCUCAGAUCGUCAAGAGUGAAAUGGAAAACGCCGUGAAGCUCUUGGUGCGGUUGAAGGUGAAAGUGAAAAUCGGGCCCAGCUGGGGAGACCUGCAGGACUUCGACGUGUGAUGGGGGAGAGCCCGGAGCAGGAGCCCUCCUUCCUCCCCUCCUGGGCCCAGGCUGGACACGGUGGGCCUGCAUGGGGAUGGACUGGCUGCUGGCCGGCCAGGAAGGAUGGUUUCGUCAACUUGGUCACCGUCACCUUCCCCGUCUCGCCCCUGUGAGAGCUACAAGGCCUUUUCUGGACGGGUCUGAGUCUGGGCGGCCGCCUCCAUGGACUAUGAAUUGGCGAGCUCCCCUUCCCUGAGGAUCGUGGGUUGGCCAAUGCCCCGGCGGACUGUGGGUCGGCCGAUGCCCCUGAGGAUUAUGGAUUGAGGAGUUCCUUUGAGGACUGUAGGCCAGCCAGCUUCCCCGCGGACUGUUUAUUGAUCUCCACCUGGGCGCGGCGGGUCCGUGCUUUGUAUCGUGUGCUGGGGGACAGGCGACCAUUAACGAAUGAAUUGUUUCCUGUGCA